UAACUCAGCAUACAUUUGUUAUAGUCGUUUACUUGACACUUCGAGGCAGAUCUCUAAAACGCAGCCUGCCGGACACGCAAAUUUAUUCAAAAUUGUUACGAUGCCAUGCUGGUACUAUGAUAAGAAGGAGCUUCGGGAGGCUCCCUCGAUCCUGGACGGAAUAAGUUUCGAUACGGAACGGCGAUACCGGAAGGAGGGGGCUCGCUUUAUUAUGGAGUGCGGCACCAAAAUGGGCUUAGGCCACAACACAAUGGCCACAGGCGUUGUGUACUAUCAUCGCUUCUACAUGUUUCAUUCUUUCCGUAGUUUCCCCCGCUACGUAACUGCAUGUUGUUGUCUGUUCUUUGCUGGCAAGGUGGAGGAGACGCCCAAGAAGUGUCGCGAUAUUAUAAAAACAGCUCGUAACAUUCUUAACGACAACUACUUCUAUUCGUUCGGUGAAGACCCAAAAGAGGAGGUAAUGACGCUAGAGCGCAUCCUGCUGCAGACCAUUAAGUUCGAUCUGCAGGUAGAGCACCCGUACACUUUCCUCCUAAAAUACGCUAAGUGCUUUAAGGGCGACCAACAAAAGCUUCAGAAAAUGGUGCAAAUGGCUUGGAACUUUGUUAACGACUCUCUAAGCACAGUUGUUUGUCUUCAGUGGGAACCUGAGAUAAUCGCUGUUGCUCUAAUCCACUUGGCCAGCAAGCUGAGCAAGUUCACUGUGCAGGACUGGGAGGGCCGUCAGCCGCAGCACCAGCGAUGGUGGGACAUGUUUGUGUCGGACGUUACGAUGGAGAUCCUCGAGGACAUCUGCCACCAGGUUUUGGAUUUAUACCAGUCCACGCAAAAAGAAGCACACCAACCGACCAGUCCGCCCCAAAAUCCACCCAGCCGAGCAGACAGCCCAACACCAAUCAAGACUACAAAUUCGACAGUCAUUACGACGUCAUCCGUUCAACAACAACAGCCUCCAUCUCAGCCAAUAUGUGGCAACGGUACCUUGCUGGAAGUAAACAAUAUCCAGAGCAUCCAGACGCUGACGAGUGGAACGUCUGUCAUGUCUUCCGUGGAAGCUCAGUCGCUUCCACAGGUCCCGCUGCCUCCUAGCCAAAGCUACCACCUCUAUCAUGCUCCUCCACCGCCUCCCCCGCCUUUAGUGCAUAUAGCUCCAUAUUCCUCCUCCGCGUGGGGAUCGCAGCAGACACUACCGCGACAACCAAUGACGCCCAGCCUACCGCCUGGGACUAGUAGCUACUACAAUGCUGGUGGACGGCAACCACAUCAGCGGUACCAGUAGAGUGUUGGAUUUGCCAAAUCAUUAAAAUAAAAAAUUAACCGGAAUUUGUUUAAAACAAGAAGGAGUAGAUAUAAAGAAUCCUGAAAACUGUAGCUGGUGGACCGCAACACAUCAGAAGUACCAAUAGAGAGUUUUUUUUAAAAUUA